AGAAAUAGAGCUGUCCCUGCCAGGUGUUCCGGGGGUUCUAGACCAGUUGUCCCUGCCAGGUGUUCCGGGGGUUCUAGACCAGGUGUCCCGGCAGGUGAACCAGGCGGUGAGGAAGCGCCGCCACGCCGGAGAUGACGACUACAACAUUGAAGUUCUCCUGGGUGUCGACUACUCUGUGGUGCGUUUCCACGGCAAGGAGCAUGUGCAGAACUACCUGCUGACCCUCAUGAACAUUGUGAAUGAGAUCUACCACGAUGAGUCUCUAGGAGUCCAUAUAAUGUGGUGUUGGUGAGGAUGAUCAUGCUGGGCUAUGCUAAGUCCAUCAGCCUGAUAGAACGAGGGAACCCGUCCAGGAGUCUGGAGAACGUGUGUCGCUGGGCGUUCGUUCAGCAGAAGGCAGACCAUAACCACUCUGAGCACCAUGAUCACGCCAUCUUCCUGACCAGACAGGGCUUUGGACCCACAGGCAUGCAGGGCUACGCCCCCGUAACAGGCAUGUGCCACACAGUCCGGAGCUGCACGCUGAACCAUGGGAUGGAUUCUCCUCUGCCUUCGUUGUCGCCACGAGACCGGACAUGUUUGGCUCCUCUGUGA